AUGUCACAAAAUAUUUGUAUUAAACCAAAAAGUCUCCUUAAUGAGGAAAAAAUUUUUUCAAUUAAUUUACCUCAUCCCCGAACUGGAUUACCAGCACGUUAUAUUAUUCAAGAAGGAAAUUUAUUGGAAGUGCAAUGUAUAGGAUGUGAAGAUCAAAAAUCAUGGUUUAUAGAUAAUAAUAUAGUUCAAAAAGAUGGUAGAUUGUUUAUUUUCACAUCCAUUGAUCCUUUAUUUAUCUUAUUGCCAAUAUUGGAUAAUUGUAGAAGAAAGAAUAUAGAAUUUCAAGGAUUAUUUCUUUCACCUGAUGCAAUUUUUGAUCAUGAUGAUUUCCCUAGUGUUCGGAAAUUAUCCUCUAUCAAUAAUAUUUAUAUAUAUAUGAAUUGGAUUUGUGAUAGUCAAGAAGUUCGUUUAAAAACAGUUUUGGAAAUUAUUAUGGAAUAUCUACCAUAUCAUUGGGCAAAUCAAUUAAAAAUAGAGUACAAAUAUGAUGAACUUUGUAAAUUAGAAGGUCAAGAUGUUGUCUAUGUAAAGGAUAUUCCAAUUAAUUAUGUUAAGAAGCAAGGCAUUGAAAAUAAACAACCAGAAUCUGUUAAGAAACGUAAAUUGACAACUGGUGUGGCUUCAUUGGCAAAAAAGCAAAUGGAUUGGAGAGUAGAAGCUGAAUAUAUCAAUGGCUUAAUGUGUGAUGAUCCUUUGUCUAAUGGUGUAAUUGACCUUAGCUCUAAUAAAUCCCAAUUAUCUGAGAGUGACUUUGAUUUAUUUGUGGGGGGAAGCAAGGAUAAGGAGGUUAAGCAAAGAUGCUUUAAUAAAAAAUGUUUGUUAGAAGAAGAAACAAAUUUCAAGAAACAUAUAAAUUUGCAGCAGCAGGAAAUGGGUUCUGAAAACACUCUUGUGGGAGUAAUAGCUUGUCUAAUCAAUGUAGCUAUAUAUCAACUAUUAAUUAAUAACAAAGUUGAGGUGACAAGAAAUGAGUGCCAGAGUGUGGCCAGUAAGAAUUGUAAGGCCAAACUAAAGAAUGGCACAAGGGGUAAUAGACCAGAUUUUAUAUGCUGA